AAAGCCUUCCUUUAUCACACAAGACAGUAUGUACACUGCUUUGCAGUAGCUGGCCACGUGUAGGUUGAAGGUAGUUCGGUGGCGUAAAAUUCGAAUUCUCAAGCUAAAUAAAAGGGAGUACGAAGUCGCGAAUUGAAAAUCAACAUAUUCCUUGACAUAUUACAACUGGAACUGUCUCUGGUUGAGGAAGUUACUACAGAAGACCAGUCGAGAUAAUAUACAUUUUUUAAGAUUCUUCCAAAGGUUAUUUUGAUACCAAACGUAUUGUAAAUACUAGUAAUCACAAACAGAUGGGAACUCCAGGAGAUACAGUCACAUAUAGUCCAUCAGCUGCACAACAUAAUCUUGCUAUGGUCAAUUAUUGCCGUGUAUCGAUUGCAGCACUUUCUGGAUGUACAGCCGGGAUAUUAGGUUUAACAGGACUAGUUGGAUUCAUGUUUUACUUCAUGGCAAAUGGUUUUUUAUCAUUGUUAUUGCUACAAAAGACUGGAAAAUCUUGGAAUAAAUAUUUUAUUCAACGAUCAUGUUUAACUUAUGGAGGAGUAUUUGGAGAGUUGACAACGUAUAUUUUAUUUUGGACUUUUAUUUAUGGAAUGGUUCAUGUUUAUUAAUCUUAAUAUAACUAUAUUUUAACUUA